UUAAAAUUGUUUGGUAAUUUAUUGCAAAAUGUCUUAUCUUAUUAAAAUUAUGAGACACUGCACCUCGAGCAUGUGGAGCAAAUCAGGAUUAUUAGCUCCUGUUCAAUUCAGUGUCAUCAAAAGAUAUGAGUGUAAUACUCCAAGCCGUCACGGGGUGACAUAUGAGCAGUACAAGAAACCGCCUCCGAUGAGCCAUGAUGAAAAGAACAUGUGCCUGAACAGGCCCAUGUCACCCCAUGUCACUAUUUAUGCCCCGACUCUGCCUGCGAUGACGUCUAUAGUCCAGCGUGCGACGGGAAUUAUGCUCUACGGAUACGCGCUCCUUCUCGCCGGCGGAGCCUUAUUUCUACCCAACGGUAUUGAGACCUACGUCUCCAUGAUUCAAAGUCUAGACCUUUCUGAGAACUGCAUCCUAGCAGCUAGAAUGUUAAUAGCUGCGCCAUUCAUGUACCACUACUUUAUCGGCUUGAGGUUUAUAAUGUGGAAUGCUGGUAAGUUGCUGUCUAUGAAGCAGAUAUAUGCUACAGCUUGGGUCAGCAUUCUAGCUGCCAUCAUUGGCACCGUAUGCGGAGCCUACUAUACAGUAUAAUAAUUAUCUACUU